CAAGGGAGACAGGGGCUGGGAGUCCCUUCAUGUGGGUUUGGAGCCUCUCUGGCUGCUGUUCCCAGGUCUCUGCCAGCAGACCUUUGCUGCAGACAUGGAAGCUCAUUCUGAUUGCCCACAGUUGCUGUGACUGCAAGCAGCUCUUCAGAGGUUUCUUUAACCAUUCUGAUGUUGGUUCCCGUGUGCUCUGCAGCUACAAACUGGCUGAAAACAUCGAUGCUCAGCUGAAGCGCAUGGCACAAGAUCUGAAGGACAUCAUUGAUCACUUGAACACAUCAGGAGGCCCAGCAGACACAAGUGACCCUCUUCAGCAGAUCUGUAAAAUUCUGAAUGCACACAUGGAUUCCCUGCAGUGGAUUGACCAGAAUUCAGCUGUGCUGCAGAGGAAGGUGGAAGAGGUGACCAAGGUUUGUGAGAGUCGCCGCAAGGAGCAGGAGCGCAGCUUUAGGAUCACCUUUGAUUGAAACAUUCCCAAGUUCAAAGGAUGGAUAUAAAACCACCACAGAAAACAGAGGUGUUUGGGAGCUAAGGACUGAAAUUAUGACCUGGUUUUUGUUUCCUUUUUUACAAUAAAAUAUGUUGUUUGUUCAAA